AUGCCCGAUAUUAGCCUUAGCAACGCGACGCCGUAUAGUAAACUGUUUGUUAGUAGGUGCAGGACACGACCUAGGGACGCUUUUCGAAAUCACUGCCGAGAAAAAUUAACUUUUCACAUCAUGCUACGAUGUUCCGGAUUGCCGUUCCUUCCGGGGAACACAUUUCAAGAUAUUGGGCGCCAAAAGUUCCACAAAUCGCACCAUUUCGAUCAACGCAACCGUGUUUGCAUUCUGGUCGAUAGCAAACGCCCGGGAAUUGGAGGGAAACCGUUGCUAGAAACGGACUCUCCCGAGUACGAGCUACCAUCCCUAUACCCCCCUCGAUAUGCUCCUUCCCGGCCAUCUUGGCUCGAGUACGACCGGCAAGUGCUGUGCUUCUACGGCUACUUCCAGGAGGCGCUCACCGAGGUCGAUCGUCUACCGUACCAGGUGCGUAAAGUGCGCAUCCUGUACUAUCUCGAGGACGACACGAUGCAGGUGAGCGAACCGCGUACGCUCAACUCGGGAAUCCCACAAGGUUGCUUAGUGACGCGCCAGCGCAUACCGAGGCCACCACCGUACGACGGUGCGUUCACCUCACUGCUCGAUCUCAACAUCAACCAUACGGUCCAGCUGUUCGAUCGGGUCUAUACGAUAACCGGAUGUGAUGAGUUUACGCGCCGCUUCCUCAACCGUCUCGGUAUCUCGGUCCCCGCAGCCAUCGACCAACCGGUCGAUCCUGCCACUGAACUACGUAAGCAGCAAGACUCGGCUAAGCUGGCCAAGCUGCCAGCGUACAAGAUCGACACGCUGGGUAAGUUUCUGCAGUACGAUCGUAAAGUACUGCGGUUCAACGGUGUCUGGGAUGACCGUGCGAGCGUGUUUGGUGAUGUGCACCAGCUAGAAGUGCUCUAUCACCUUAGCGACGAUACGAUGGAGAUUAAGGAGAAGCUACCGGUCAAUUCGGGGCGUGACUCGAACGGAAUGUUUCUCCGGCGUGGUCGAUUGCCUCGCCAUUUCGAUCAAUUGCCCACGAUGGGUGCCAACGCACCGGUUACGGUCCUAAACGUGAUCGGUGGUGGGUUGCGCGGUGGCCGCUACCUAACGGAUUGCGUAGGCAUUGGCAAAACCAACGGUGAAUACUAUAGCGAUGCUGAUCUGCGGAUCGGUGCGAGCAUCAAUGUGUAUGGCCGCAGGGUGUUACUAACGGGCUGUGAUCCAUUCACUGAGCGCUACUACCGGGAGCUGUACGGUUUGGAGGACUUCACCCCGCUCCAUGGGUAUGAUGUCUCGAGAGACCAAUUCGUACCAUUCCGACGUAUCGAGCGGGAACUGCCACCGUACAAUGGUUGGGGUUCGCAUGAAGACUCCGAGGGAAACUGUUUAUCGUUGGAACCGAAGCAACCCAAGAUUGAUUUCCGCAAGUUCGUCGCCUACGAUCGAUGUAGUCUACGCUUUGGCGCACAGAUGGUCUCGAAUGUACCGGAAAACAAUGACCGGUUCUUCGUGAUUAGCUAUCACCUGAGUGACGAUACAAUCUCCGUAUACGAAAUACCGCUGCGCAACUCGGGGUUCCGGGGUGGCGAGUUCAUCAAACGACGCAAACUGUUCCUUCCGAAUCAGGAGCUGCGCAAUGCCAGUCGGCCCGCUUGCUACAGGCCGCAGCACUUUUAUCUCGGUGCGGCUGUCCGUUUGCAAGAUCAUCAUUUCCGGGUUACCAACGCCGACAUCUAUGCCCUACAGUUCAUGGAGCAACACUGCGAGGAGUAUCCGCUUUCAAACGUUGGGAAGAUCGUGCAGAAGCUGCGAGAUGCUCUGCAGCCGCACUACAAGCAGUACAUUGCGCGCCAUAUGGGCAAGGUGGUGCAGAUGAAGAUCGAUGGGCAAGCGGUGAGCACGGUCACGUACGAAUCGCUACGAGAUAUGCUGAUCGAGCUGCUGGGCGAGAGCAUUGUCGAUCAGGAGAUCGUCACACUGUGUCGCAUGUUUUCGGCCGAAUCGAGUGAACCGGACCGGUGCGAUCGGGAGCUCGUCCGGUCGGCCAUUCAUGCUGAGCUUAACCGUGCGCUGUGGUGGGAUCUGGAACGUACCAAGGAGCACAUUUACCACCUGGAACCGUCAAAUCCCGAUUGGGUUACACCGCAGCGUCUCUGUACCAUCAUCAAAGCCUGCAAGUUGCCACUGGAUAAUGCAUUAAUCGACAAAAUGCUGCAAAUUUUGAAAAAGAAUGAAGCUGGACUUCUUUCGGUGGCUGACUUUAUGAUGAUGAUCAACCCAUCGGCAGUUCCCAGCAAGCCGAUCCAGCCGCUCAAUAUCAAACACGACGUGUCCUUCUUUACCCCUUACCGCGUAACGGGGAAACUCGUCAACUGGGACCAACUGCUGGCCCACAUUGACCUGGAACGCUCGCUAACGAAUCAAACUUCAUGAACGACGGACACCCCGUAGCGACCUUUAUGAAAUCAACAAAUUAUGUGUGUUUUAGCUGCGCGUGACUGAUUUUUUGUGU